AUGAGUGAGUAUUCACCGUAUCAUUUGCUUCAAAGUCCGGGCGAGGUGGAUCCGGAGAAGAGUAAUAUUUCCCUCGCUCACAAUCUUAAUCAAGAAUUCAAUGACGUCCAGACAUUGGUCACGCAGAUCAAGGGCCUUUAUUUAUCACCUGACUGUUCUGAUGUUACUUUAAUUGUGGAAGAACGGAGAUUCCCAGCUCAUAAAACAAUAUUGUCUUGUAGGAGCGAGUACUUCAGGUAUGUGCAUUAAUGUAUUUUUAUUCUUUUUUUAGAGCCAUGUUUUUUGGAGGUAUGAAAGAAGGGAAGGACGCGGAAGUUGUUCUCCAUGAAACAUCCCCCGCUGCAUUUGAAAUUCUGCUUAAUUACUUUUACAGUGGAAAGUUGAGGUUUAGUAAUAUGAAACUGCCCUUGUUUCUGGAGGUCUUUGCUCUGGUGCAUCAAUAUGGAAUUAAGAAAUUGGAAGAUUCUAUGUGUGAAUACCUAAAACAUUCUCUCCAAGUGAAUAAUGUCGCCAUAAUUUAUUCAACAGCGUAUCUCUUCGCUUUGGAUAAUUUGAUGAAUGAUUGUCUCGAAUUUAUGGAUAAGAAUGCCGUAGAUGUUAUGAAUACUGAGGUAAUUUUAUUUUAAAAUCUUGGAGUUUUCAUAUUUUAGGCCUUUCUUCAACUCUCAGGACAAAGUCUUCUCCGAAUCCUUAGCCGGAAUUCGUUUUGUGCUCCAGAACUUUUAAUCUUUCAAAGCCUCACAAAAUGGAUAUACAGUCAUCCGGAGGAGGCAAAUAUGCACACUUGUUUGUUGAAACAAAUCCGAUUGACUCUUAUCAAACUGGAAGAUAUCAUGGAGAACGUAAGACCGACAAAUCUGAUGGAGCCGGAAAGAGUUUUGGACGCCAUUCAUGAUCAGAUCACCAAAAGGACAUCGGAUUUGGGUUACAGGGGAUUUAGAAGUAAGAAAUUUAUCUAAGGCGCUAUAAUUGUAUGUGUGAUACUUGGUUUAAAGUUGUUUUCAGAACCCAACACAAAUGUAAUAUCACCAUCUCUGGGCACAAAGGUCAUCGAGGGGAGCAAUGGAGAUGGGAUUCUGAAGCACAAAGAUGAUCAGAAAUUGGAUAUUGAGAAGUGCACAAGUCAUGAAGUGGGGGCGGAUGGAGAAUAUAUCACGGUUGAAGUAAGUAUGCGGCCUAUUACUUAAUUGAUUCAGCUGGGCCGAGCUUAUAUUCUAAAUUAUAUCGAACUGCAUAUGGUUGAUCGAGAUCAGAGGUUGUAUUCGUAUUACAUUGAAGUGAGCAUGGAUGGAUCGGAUUGGGUCCGAGUCAUCAAUUACAGUCAAUAUUAUUGUCGAGGAAAACAGAAAUUGUACUUUCCAGAGAGGGUUGUCAAGUAAGGUUUGACUUCGUAAAAAAAUUUGAUAAAAAAUAGUUAAUUUUUGUUUCGAAAUAUAAAUUUAGGUAUAUCCGAAUAAUGUGUACCCGCUCCACGGUGCAUCGGAUGUUUUACAUAUCCGAAAUGAAAGCAAUGUAUUGCCCCGAAGCUCCCGAAGUUCACAAUGACGUCAUCGUACCUGUACAUAAUGUGGCCACAAUAGAAGAAAACGCCCAUGUAAUUGAAGGGGUCUCCAGGAGUAGGAAUGCACUUUUAAAUGGAAUCACGGACAAUUAUGACUGGGAUAAUGGAUACACAUGUCAUCAAUUGGGUAGUGGGUUCAUUACUGUACAACUGCCACAACCGUAUAUUAUUGGAUCCAUCAGGUAGAGUAGCCGUUACCAUUUAUGAAAAUAACCACCUGUAGGUUACUUUUAUGGGAUUGUGAUGAUCGAAGGUAUUGGUUCACAAUAGAAGUGUCCCAUGAUAAUGAGCAGUUCAUGAAGGUAAUCGAUGGCCAGAGUUUGAGGAGUUGGCAAACUUUCUACUUCAAGCCUUUGCCAGUGGUUUUUAUAAAGAUCACCGGCCUCAGAAACACGGCCAAUGAGGUCUUCCAUCUUGUACAUAUUGAAUGCCCGGCUGAUCCAGAUAACGCACAUCAAUCUGAGAAUGUGGCCAUCAGCGACGUCAACACCUAUCCCGUUAUUUAUACACAUCCCGAUCUGCAAAACAAUUGA